AUGGAAUCUACUACGCACAUCAUCGACCCUAGAGCGACACACACCCACACAAUCAUAUUUCUCCACGGCAGAGACAGCACCUGCGCCGACUUCGCAACCGAGCUCUUCGAAAGCGAAGCAUCAGAACCAGCAAACCAACCACGCACGCUCCCAGACCUACUCCCAUCUAUCCGCUGGGUCUUCCCCGGUGCCGCGCUCCUUCCCUCCAAGAGAUUCGGCACCGAAAUGUCACAGUGGUUCGACGUCUGGUCACUAGAUUACCCAGAAGAACAAGCCGGUAUCCAACAACCCGGCCUGAGACGGAGCAUCGAACACCUCGUCACUCUCGUCGAGAGCGAAUCUGCCCUGGUUCCGAUGGAUAAGAUAUUCUUAGGCGGUAUCAGCCAGGGAUUCGCAACCUCCAUCGCCGCUUUUUUGACUACGCCGAGGCUAGGCGGAUUAGGUGGGCUGAUUGGUUUGUGCAGCUGGAUGCCGCCGGCCGAGGUCAUCGAGGGUAUGGCGGAGGAGGGUUCACUUUAUCGUAGAGCGAGCGGCACAGACCCAACGGCCAAGACUCCUAUUUUCCUCGCUCAUGCUGUGGACGAUGAAGUCGUCAAUAUCAAUCUUGGUCGGCAGUUGCGGGCGACCCUUGAUUCGUUCGUCGGUUCAUGUACGGUGGAAUGGCAUGAGUAUCAAUCAGGAGGUCACUGGGUCAAUGAGCCGCAGGGUGUGGAUGACAUGGUCAGCUUUCUGAGACUUCAUAUGCAUUGA